AAUUUUGAAUUCAAUGAACAACUUCAUGUCCAUUAAACCAGGAGUUACGUUUUGUUAGAGUCUGAAACGACGACGAAAUUAGAAGAGAUCUAGUUGGAUGAUCAGACAGUCGGUUUUAACGGCUAUGAUUAGUUGGGACAGUUCGACAUAUAAUCAUGCAAGCUCCAAUUCUCUUGUUUUCUACCCAACAACUGAACCAUCAUUUUCAUCAAAGCAAGCGAUUUCUUUGCAAUUUGAUUCGGUGGCGCCGGGAAGUGGUAUUACCGGUCGCCUCUCCUGUUACUCAUCUCCAGUUUUUCCAAAGCAAAUGGCGUUCCAGGGCAUAGUUGUAAUUUUUGACUUCGACAGGACCUUAAUCGAUGACGAUAGCGACCGUUGGGUGGUGACGCAGAUGGAGCUCACCGAAGUAUUCAAUCAGCUCCGCCCUUCCUUGCCGUGGAAUACUCUAAUGGACAGGAUGAUGAAGGAGCUCUAUUUGCGAGGGAAAACAGUCGAUGACAUUGCCAACUGCUUGAGAAAGACUCCACUGGAUUCCCAUAUAAUCGCCGCCAUCAAAGCAGCUCAUUCGCUUGGGUGUGACAUGAAGAUAGUGAGUGACGCUAAUCAAUUUUUCAUUGAGACAAUCCUGGAACAGCAUGGCUUGUUGGGCUGCUUUUCUGAGAUUUUCACCAACCCAACUCUGGUAGAUGAAGGAGUGCUUAGGAUUUUGCCUUACCAUGCUUCUACCUCUUCUCCUCACGCCUGCAAUCUAUGCCCUUCAAAUUUAUGCAAGGGUUUGGUCCUUGAAAGCAUUCAUGCUUCUGCUCCCAAAAGCAAGAAGCAAAGAGUUAUCUACCUUGGAGAUGGGAGAGGCGAUUUUUGCCCAACUUUGAAGCUUGGAGGUGGUGACUUUGUGAUGCCCAGGAAGAACUAUCCUCUCUGGGACCUCAUUUGCAGUAACCCGAAGGUCAAAGCAGAAGUGCAUGAAUGGAGCACUGCAAAGGGGCUUGAGAAGAUUCUACUUCAUCUUAUCAACACAACCCCCAUCAAAGCAAAAAAUUUUUAAGUAUUGAUUUCAGUCAUCGAAACAAAUCUGAAUGCAAUUCGCAGAAAUUGUGGGUUUGGCCAUGAAGCAUUUCAUCAAAAAGAUGAAUGUUCUCAGUGGCUAACUGCACUAUUAAUUUCCAAAGUUCCUACAAGAAUAGCUAAUCCUUGAAUACUGUUUUAGUAGCAUGUUUUAUGAAUUGUGUUAACAUAUUUGCUUAACGUUAAAUUUAAUAGUUCCUUGUUUUA